AUGCCCCGCGAAGCAUCUCGUGGGACCGCGCGGCGGCAGCCCCGCCGGCUGCCGCUCCCGCUGCUGCUCGCCGCGGCGCACAUCCGCCCGGGCGGUGCCGCUCGGGCCCGGCGCGGCGUGCCUCGGCAGGCCGCGAUCCGGGCUGGGCUCGAGCAGGCGGCCUUGCCGGUCGAACCUUGCGACGAGCCGAAGAACUCGUCGGAGAUGGCCCGGGGGCUGCUGCAGGAAGCCCUCGGGCGCCGUACAUCGCCAGACCGACGUCCCGUCCACGGCCCCGCGGCGCAGCCCGCGCGCCUCUCCAUGGACGUCCCCGAGGAGCACCCCGCCCGGCGGCGCGGGGCCCCGGGCGCGGGCGCCGCCGGGGCGACCAGGCUGCACCUCGCGGGCGCCGCCUCCAGCGGCCAGCAGGGCCGGGACAAGGUUACGACGUGGAUCCUCAGUGGAGGUGGUGAGAGUUGCGACGAAGCCUGCAGUGCGUCGGGCAGCUCAUGCGACGCUUCAGCUGACUGGCCUACGACCGAAGCGGCCGUUUCAAUUGUUAGUUCUCUCUUGGGACAUUCGUGCGAUCAGUAUACGAACUAUGGUGGCGAUUGGGAGUUCGCACCUUACACCUACACGCCCGAUGGGCGCUGCAAUUAUCCAACAAGUGCGACAUAUCCGACAUGCAGUGCAGCGGGCGCAGACGCAAACUUCCGCCGCUUCUGCCCAUGUACACCAACCGUGCAGGUUACGACGUGGAUCCUCAGUGGAGGUGGUGAGAGUUGCGACGAAGCCUGCAGUGCGUCGGGCAGCUCAUGCGACGCUUCAGCUGACUGGCCUACGACCGAAGCGGCCGUUUCAAUUGUUGGUUCUCUCUUGGGACAUUCGUGCGAUCAGUAUACGAACUAUGGUGGCGAUUGGGAGUUCGCACCUUACACCUACACGCCCGAUGGGCGCUGCAAUUAUCCAACAAGUGCGACAUAUCCGACAUGCAGUGCAGCGGGCGCAGACGCAAACUUCCGCCGCUUCUGCCCAUGUACACCAACCGUGCAGGUCAACGACACGGAGACGUCAUCGUUGCACGUGGCGCUACAUCAUGGCAGCGUGAUGAGCCUCAAGAGCACAGGGUACGGUGCAUAUUUGGACGUGCGCGGCAGCGGUUGCGAGGAGAACGAGGCAUGCGUAUCCGGGUCCGCGUCCCUGGAGCGAAGCAAUCCUGCAGAAUACACUGGUGAGUGGAAAAUGCUGCGAACAGGUGGACCAGGAAUCAUAGUGGACGGGGAUCCUGUGUACCUGCAGAGCAUGUACGGAUCGCAGCCGCUAUAUUUGGACACGCGCGGGGAGGGUUGCGAGGAUAAUGAGCUCUGCGUGUCCGCCAGCUCGUCGAAGGAGGGCUCCGUCCCGGGUAAUCAUUCGACCGAAUGGAUCGUCAGGCGGGUCGAAGGGGCUGGAGAUUUGAUGACAGGAGACAGUAUUCAUCUGCAGAGCAUGAUGGGCGAUGUGACAGCGUACCUCGACGUUCGUGGCACAGGAUGCGAGGAUAAUGAGUAUUGUGUGUCGGCCGCGUCUUCAUCCACGCGUGACGGCCAUUCCGGCACAUGGCAGGUACUGUUGAAGCAGGCUGUGGUCCAAAGCGAAUUGUCCGAGACGACGGACGACGCGAAAGCGACCGCCACCUGCCCCGAGAACACUUGGGUGAUGAGCUGUGAGCCCAUCGGAGCGACAGCCGGAGACCAGGGAGACGGGCUCCAGUUGUCCGAGGACGGGGCAUCGUGCACCGCAGUCAACAGCGGCACUGGACAGGGCAUCCGGGCCAGGGCCACCUGCACCGGCGCCCCCACCGUGAGCAGCGUCAGCGGCGAGCUGUUCCUCGACCACCAGGAGGUCACCGCGGCCUGCGACCACGGGGCUGCGCUGUGGUGCACCUGCCACAGCCCGUGGGCGGUCCCGGGCGCGUGCGGCGGGGAGAGCAGCUUCGCCCCCGCGGGCGGCGUGUGCUCCAAGGAGGUCGGCUCCUCCGGCGGCAGGCGCCGCGGCACGGGCUUCGGCGCGGGCGCCAAGCUCUACGCGCUGUGCCUGCCACCGCCCGCGCCCGCCCCGGCGGCCGGGGUCCUGCCCCGCAUGCGGCGAGUCGUACACACUCAAUCCGCCGGAGGCGGACCGGCUGUAUAG